AUGAGUAACCUCAAUGUCGUCGCCCUCAUCUCAGGCGGCAAAGACUCUUUCUUCUCCAUCCUCCACUGUCAAGCCAACGGCCACAAUGUCGUAGCAUUGGCGAACUUGCACCCUCCUCAGGUAGAGGGAGCUGGGCAGGCCGACGAUCUCGAAAGCUACAUGUACCAGACUGUCGGGCAUGCGGUCAUUCCCCUCUAUGAACAAGCCCUCGGACUGCCUCUUUACCGGCAGGAUAUCAUCGGCGGUGCCGCGAAUCAGAACAAAAGCUAUGGUGUGACCACAGAGACUGCGCAGGACGAGACUGAGUCACUCCUGCCACUUCUACGGAAAGUCCUUGCUGCUCAUCCAGAGGUCAACGCUGUGAGCACUGGCGCCAUACUCUCAGAUUACCAGCGGACACGAGUCGAAUCUGUCGCUCUUCGCCUUGGGCUCACACCUCUCUCAUACUUGUGGCAAUGGCCAUCGCUACUACCUCACACGCCAUCGUCUCUGCUGGAAGACAUGGCUUCCGUGGGCCAGGACUCCCGCAUCAUCAAGGUAGCUUCUGGUGGGCUAGACGACAGCUUUCUAUGGCAGAAUGUUGCCGACCGACGGACUAUUGCACGACUCAUGAAGGCUACAGGGAGGUUCGGCUCGCCUGGAGAUGGUGCCGUGCUCGGAGAAGGUGGCGAAUAUGAAACCUUGGCAAUCAGCGGCCCUGUUCCCUUGUGGAAAUACGACAUCGUUGUCCCUCCCGAAGGAGUUCACAUUCUGUCUGGCGAGGCUGGCAGUGCUUCAGUACAGAUCAGCCAGCCGUGUGUCUGCCCGAAAGCUGGAACAGCACCUGCAGCUGAAUUACCCAGACCACCACUUCUUGAAGACCAAUUCCAAGCCAUGUAUGAGGCUCUUGUGGCGCACAACCAUGAGCAUACCGACACGCCUUCAGAAUCCUCGAAGCUAGAAUCACCUACUGGUGGUAAUUCUGAAACGGAUGACUUCGUGCUGCUGUCGAACCUGACUGGCGCAGGCCACACUCCAGCCGAGCAAACAAGAUCAAUCAUGGACAGGAUCAUUGCGCAGCUGGGCGGCAGGAAUCAGGGUCCGGACAAUAUUGCCUACACUGUCAUCACUUUGCGAAACAUGGGCGACUUUGCGGCCGUGAAUGCAGUAUACGGGAGCUAUUUUGUCAGUCCAAAUCCACCAGCACGAGCAACAAUAGCUUGUGGUAGUGUGCUCCCAGCCGAUGCACUCCUCUCCAUCAGUGUCACUGCCUCUCCGGAUCCAAGGGAGGGCUUACAUGUGCAGUCAAGAUCAUACUGGGCCCCCGCGAAUAUCGGGCCAUACUCUCAAGCCGUCAGAUUUUCCGACAACUGUGGCUCUAAAUCAAUGGGCGGUGCCGUCUUGAUAGCAGGACAGAUACCCCUCAUACCUGCUACGAUGGACCUACCGAAGCACUCGCAUCCUUCUCGCACUCAGAGUUUUGCAAGACAAGCAGUCCUCGCAUUACAACACCUUUCUCGCAUCAGCCGGGUAAUGAAGGUGAGGCGCUAUUCCUACGCAAUUGCACUUAUCGCGUGUUCAGGGACCGAGCUCGAUGGCUUGGCUGCGAAAGCAGAUACAGUCAGACGUGCUUGGAAUCUGUUCCAUAAACCACCGCCAAGCACUCAGACGGAAGACGACGAUGAAGAUUUUGACAUCUGGCACCAGAAGUACGGCGCCGAAAAGACGCCAUGGCUGGCACACAGCUCAGGCACGAUCGAAGACGACGACGAGGCCCAAAUAGGCGUGCCACCACUGGUUGUUAUCUCUGUUGACAGCCUGCCACGGCAGUCAGAUGUCGAAUGGAUUGGCAGUUGUAAGACUGUGAUUAAUCACGAUGAGAGACCUCCUCUACACCUUCAAUGCCUACUAGAUGCCUUUCGAGACCGCAUUCUGCUGGGAUGA